GCGACAAUACGAGCGGCAGCUGUGUCAGGUUGGGGUGCAGAUGAAUCGUGUGUCUGACGAGACGCGAAAGCAGAGACGCCCCCCCAGCAGCAAGAGGAGAGGGAAACAGCAGGCUGCUGAAGAGAAGAGAGCUGCCCAGCUGAAUAUUGCAGAGACGAAAAGCAACACACACACGACCCCACACUACAUAAAGGACUCUAUGAAGAGGGUGCGUCGUGUGAAGGCUGAGCAGGAGGAGAAGAGCAGAGAGGAGCUGAAGAGAAGAACAGACGCCAUACUGGCCCUCAAGGAGAGCAUCGCACACUCACAGGACGUGUUGCGUGUCCGGCGUCGGCGUGAGUGUGUGCGUUCUGAGCGUCGCGAGAAGAGAGAACAGCAGGAGCUGCAGACGCUGAAGGCAGCGGGAGUCAACACGACCGGACACACACACAUGCAGACACACCUGCAGAAACUACAGCAACGCCAACAGUGA